CACUGCUAUAUUAUAUUGUGUUCAUACUUUCCAUCUGAUGCAAGGGUGCAUAUGCUACCUUACAUUCAACCCCUGUUUGUCCCUCAAACGCUCGUGUGCUUGUUGCGCUUCUUUUUCCACCUCUUUGUGCGUGUAACUCCCAUUUGGCUGCGACCCUCCGACCGACUUUGAUGGCUCAAUUAAGAGGGGGGGCGCAGCCUGAGGGACGAGACGGAACAGAGAGACCGGCGAGCUACCGAUCCCGGCGCACUUUUACCAUCAAGCGAGAGAACCGACCGGCGGAGUCUGGUGAUGAAGAACCACACGGGGACGCACGCCCUGAACUUUGCCCUCCGAAGAGUCCUGGGGGAGGCGGACCAGAGGGGAUCGCUCGUGGCACCAGACAGACUCCGCUUCGACUUCACCGCCAAGAAAGCCAUGACUCCAGACGAGAUAAAUGAGACGGAGAAGAUUGUGCAGCGGAUGAUUGAGGCCAACUAUCAGGUAUACGCCAGGGAGACACCGCUCGGGCUGGCCAAGGAGAUCCAGGGACUGCGUGCCGUGUUUGACGAGACGUACCCUGACCCCGUGCGAGUGUUGAGUAUCGGAGAGCCGGUGGAGACGUUGACUGGUGACCCGACUGGACCGUGGGCUGUCCAGUACUCUGUGGAGUUCUGUGGUGGAACGCAUCUCCAUCGUUCAAGCCACAUCAUGUCGAUUGCACUGGUGACGGAGGAAGCCAUUGCGAAGGGGAUCCGCAGAAUCGUUGCCCUCACUGGACCGGAGGCCCUCAAGGCUCAUCGUAAUGCUGGUCUCAUAGAGAAGGAGGUGGGAGACCUGGAGCUGAAGGUGAAGUCAGGGCUUGAAGAUGGCUCCCUCCCCUUCAAGACCGCCACAAAGAUGAUUGUCGAAACCGGUGAUUCUCUCUCAAACUCCCUCAUAUCCCAGUGGAGAAAGGAGACUAUGAGAAGGACACUGAACUCUCUCAAGAAGAGCGUCAUUGACGCCGACCGUGCCCACAAGACGAAGCUCGCUCAACAGGCUGUGGAGCGUGCCAAGGAGAUCAUAGCAGGUCUUGACACGCAGAAGGAGAGUGUCGUUGUGGAAGAAAUGGCCGUCGGUGGAAAUUCGAAAGCUCUUGACACCGCUCUCAAGCAGUUCAAAGGUCAGGCUCCCAACACUGCGGCCAUGUUUUUCUCGCGAGACGAGGACAGCGGGAAGGUUUUCUGUCUCUGUCUCGUACCAAAGGGUCUGGUGUCCAAGGGGUUGCAGGCGGACCAGUGGGUCCAGACCGUCAUUGAGGUGACGGGAGGGAAGGGGGGAGGGACCACCACCACUGCCCAGGCCUCUGGACCCAACGUUGACCAGUUGCCACAGGCUCUCGCUGCCGCCAGGACUUACGCCAACAGCAAGCUCCAGUGACUCCUCAUAGACUCUGACCAAUGAACCUAAUAUUUUAGAAUAAUGAAUAAUUUAUGAGAUUAUGCAACCGGC